UUUCCAAUGACUCUUCCAGCUUCUCAAGUACUGGAAGUGGCAAUUAGUUGUGAUUCGCCCUGUUUUCUGCUUUUGGCAGGGAAUUAUGCUUGAUAUUCUUCUGGCGCUCGGUGUAAUUUGAUCCCAUGAUAAUUUCUGGCUUGAUGUGGAGCAUCUUGAAGAAGCACUCCAGAACGUAUUGGUGUGCAUUGAAAUGGUUUUCUUUUCUGCCAGUGAGCAGCAUGCGAACAGUGUUAAAGGUUAUUCGUACUCUAUAUAGCAUAGCAUUAAGGGUAUUCAUCUGUCCUUAAUUCAGUUGAAAGUCCACCAUGGUGAUUUAAUUGUCUAUGAACAUUUGUGAAAAAUAAUCCAUGAGCAAUGCUUAUCUUAUUUAGGCUAAUGUAAUGAUUACUUUUUGUUCUUUUAAACUCUUAAUUAACAACAUGACAAUUUGUGAUUUUGUCAUUGACCUUAAUUUCAGUUUCAUUUUUCAAAUGAAAAUAUAUUUGGUUAAAUUUGCUUAGUUUGGCAAAGUUGACUAAUUUGAACUUUUAAUGAUUUUCUUUAAUAUAUUGAAUUGCGAGUAGGAGUUAGGACCGCUCGAUUGCACUAUAAUUUAAAUAAACACCGUAGGAUUACGACGAUUGAUAUCAACUUGUAUAAUAGUUGAUUAAUCCACACCAUCGUUUCCUCAAACGUAUUCGUUCAAAACUAAUAUCUAGCCACCUAGCGAGUACAUUAUAUGUGCGAUACACUCGAAAACUAGCACUUUAUGACGUAAUUGUUCUUAUUGACACUUGUAUAUGAUGUGUAGGUAUGGAGUAAGUGGUAUUCUAUGUUUGUAAAGAUUGUUCUUUGCUGUAAAUUCAAUCCUUCUUCUUUAUAAUGAAGAAGUCUAAUUGUUAAUCUUUGCCUUUGAAUCCAAUCUAACUGCAAACCCUAGCACCGACAAAGCAUACAGCGCGUAGCAAGCUCUAACGUCUUAUCUCAAAAAUGGCUCCAGAUAAUGCUUCACCCAUGUUUGAUGACACAAAAUUGGCAAGCAUAGAUGGGUUUAACAAGAUAUCUAGUGAAUAUAUUGAGGUUAAUUGUGGUUGUACGAGCAAAAAGUACGGCGACACAAUGGGAAUGUUGAGGAUUUUUAAUGAUGGGCUAUUCGUCAUCAGGUGUCAUUGCAUACCAGAAUGUAAGAAUGUGACUCCGUACGAGUUCGAGAAACACUCCAGGAGAGAAGGUGGCCGAAAAUGGACGAGCCAUAUUUGGGUCAUCAUCGACGGCAAAAAAGUCCCUAUCUGGAAAACUGGUCUGCUAAAGUAUUACAAGCACGCGACAAAUGAGGCCAACACCACAGACAUGUACGGUUCUCGUGGGAAACGAGUUUUCCAUCGCGAUGAGUUCAUUCGCUGCUCGCAGUGCAACAAAGAACGCAGAUUCUGCUGUAGAACCGAGAUGGACUGUCGCGACUAUCAUGAUGCUUUAGCAGUGGAGAAAUGGAAGUGUUCAGACAUGCCCUAUAACAAAAUAACCUGCGAGGAUGAGGAGGAGCGGAAGUCUCGUAAGGUACGCCGAGGGUGUCCUCGUUCGGCAACAUGUGAAGGUUGCACCCGUUGCGUGUGUUUCGGCUGCUUCAAAUGCCGCUUUUUUGACUGUGAAUGCCGGAAUUGCAUAGAUUUCAUGCAAAAUUCCGACCCUUAGACAAGGAUUUAUUUUUGCUACAAAAAUGUAUCAACUUUUUUUGAUAUAUUUAUUUUAUGUUUAUUAUGUUUCAGGACAUACAAUUAUAAAGUAUUUAAUUAAUA